CUGCGCGCAUCGAAACAACUGUGUAGUUGCUAACCAAUGACAAUCGGAGGAAAUCUUUCGGAGUAUAGAUUCCCAAGCAGCCGUAUUUAUACACAACCUACACAUCAUCAAACCCUUUUGCAAUGCCUGUCAGAACGCUUGGUUGUCCGUGAGCGAGAAGAUGCGUUGGUAUUCAAAGCCGUAUACCUGUAGGACAAGUCAUGGACUGAACGGGCUUUUGGACUCACUUGUGGAAUUUUAUGCUUGCCCGUGGCACGAUGCCUUAUCUGACUAAACCGCUGUUUUUACUCUUCUGUUUGGUCGUCACCGGGGAAUGCCGUAGGCUUGGACACCGAGUACGGAGAUGGACGGAAACCGUGGAGACGGCAAAGCAUGGACCAGAGACCACAAAGCAUGGCCCUUCCUUGACAAAGAAACCUCCAGAUGUGACCAAGAAUCGCAAGCUGAAGACAGAGCAGCUUCUGAAAGUAGAUGAUCAUGAUUUCACCAUGAGGCCGGCAUUUGGAGGCCCUGCUAUCCCAGUCGGAGUGGACGUACAGGUGGAGAGCCUGGAUAGCAUCUCAGAAGUCGACAUGGACUUCACCAUGACCCUGUACCUGAGACACUAUUGGAAGGACGAGCGUCUGUCCUUCACCAGCUCCACCAAUAAGAGCAUGACAUUUGACGGGCGUCUGGUCAAGAAGAUCUGGGUGCCCGAUGUGUUCUUCGUCCACUCCAAGAGAUCCUUCAUCCAUGACACCACCACAGUCAACAUCAUGCUCAGGGUCUUUCCCGACGGACACGUUCUGUACAGCCUGAGGGUGACAGUGACAGCAGCCUGUAACAUGGACUUCAGCCGCUUCCCUUUGGACACCCAGUCCUGCUCCCUGGAGCUAGAGAGCUAUGCAUAUACGGAUGAGGACCUGAUGCUGUACUGGAAGAGUGGGGAUGAGUCCUUGAGUACGGAUGACCGUAUCUCCUUGUCUCAGUUCCUCAUCCAGAAGUUCCACACCACAUCUCGGCUGGCCUUCUACAGCAGUACUGGCUGGUACAACCGUCUGUACAUCAACUUCACCCUGCGGAGACACAUCUUCUUCUUCCUGCUUCAGACCUACUUCCCGGCUACCCUCAUGGUUAUGCUGUCUUGGGUGUCCUUCUGGAUCGACCGCAGGGCCGUCCCAGCUCGUGUCUCCCUGGGUAUCACUACAGUGCUCACCAUGUCCACCAUCAUCACUGGAGUCAACGCCUCCAUGCCCAGAGUAUCCUACAUCAAAGCAGUGGACAUCUACCUGUGGGUCAGCUUCGUGUUUGUCUUCCUGUCUGUCCUGGAGUACGCUGCUGUCAACUACUUGUCCACUGCACAGGACCGCAGGGAACGCAAGAUGAGAGACGAGAUGAGGGAAAGGGCCAGGUCACAGUCGCUGCCCUGCACCUGUGGCAUGUCCCAGACCAGGACCAUGCUAUUAGACGGGACCUACAGCGAGGCGGACACUAACAGCCUGGCCGGCUACACCUCAGGAACUAUGGGGCCCGAGGAGGACAUGGAUAUGCCCCGCGACAUGAUGACUGAGAAGCAGCCUCCUGGAGAACAUACAGUGGUCCACCUGUCUGCCAGCAGCGAGUCAACGACAACCAAGAAGAAAGGCAUCAGGGCCCUCAAUAUUAUCCAGAAUACACACACCAUCGACAAGUACUCCAGGAUGUUAUUCCCUGGCUCCUAUAUCCUAUUCAACAUAAUCUACUGGUGUUCAUACUGUUUAGGAGCGUAGGGUCUACUGUUUAGGAGCGUAGGGUCUACUGUUUAGGAGCGUAGAGUCUACUGUUUAGGAGCGUAGGGCCUACUGUUUAGGAGCGUAGAGUCUACUGUUUAGGAGCGUAGGGUCUACUGUUUAGGAGCGUAGGGUCUACUGUUUAGGAGCGUAGAGUCUACUGUUUAGGAGCGUAGGGUCUACUGUUUAGGAGCGUAGGGUCUACUGUUUAGGAGCGUAGGGUCUACUGUUUAGGAGCGUAGAGUCUACUGUUUAGGAGAGUAGAGUCUACUGUUUAGGAGCGUAGAGUCUACUGUUUAGGAGAGUAGAGUCUACUGUUUAGGAGCGUAGGGUCUACUGUUUAGGAGCGUAGGGUCUACUGUUUAGGAGCGUAGGGUCUACUGUUUAGGAGCGUAGGGUCUACUGUUUAGGAGCGUAGGGUCUACUGUUUAGGAGCGUAGAGUCUACUGUUUAGGAGCGUAGGGUCUACUGUUUAGGAGCGUAGGGUCUACUGUUUAGGAGCGUAGGAUCUACUGUUUAGGAGCGUAGAGUCUAAUGUUUAGGAGCGUAGGGUCUACUGUUUAGGAGCGUAGGGUCUACUGUUUAGGAGCGUAGGGUCUAAUGUUUAGGAGCGUAGGAUCGAAUGUUUAGGAGCGUAGAGUCUAAUGUUUAGGAGCGCAGAGUCUACUGUUUAGGAGCGUAGGAUCGAAUGUUUAGGAGCGUAGGGUCUAAUGUUUAGGAGCGUGGAGUCUACUGUUUAGGAGCGUAGGGUCUAAUGUUUAGGAGCGUAGGAUCGAAUGUUUAGGAGCGUAGAGUCUAAUGUUUAGGAGCGCAGAGUCUACUGUUUAGGAGCGUAGGAUCGAAUGUUUAGGAGCGUAGGGUCUAAUGUUUAGGAGCGUAGAGUCUACUGUUUAGGAGCGUAGGGUCUCUUGUUUAGUAGCGUAGGGUCUAAUGUUUAGGAGCGUAGGAUCUAAUGUUUAGGAGCGUAGGGUCUAAUGUUUAGGAGCGUAGGGUCUCUUGUUUAGGAGCGUAGGGGCUAAUGUUUAGGAGCGUAGGGUCUACUGUUUAGGAGCGUAGGGUCUACUGUUUAGGAGCGUAGAGUCUACUGUUUAGGAGCGUAGAGUCUACUGUUUAGGAGCGUAGGGUCUACUGUUUAGGAGCGUAGAGUCUACUGUUUAGGAGCGUAGGGUCUACUGUUUAGGAGCGUAGGGUCUACUGUUUAGGAGCGUAGGGUCUACUGUUUAGGAGCGUAGAGUCUACUGUUUAGGAGCGUAGGGUCUACUGUUUAGGAGCGUAGGGUCUACUGUUUAGGAGCGUAGGAUCUACUGUUUAGGAGCGUAGAGUCUAAUGUUUAGGAGCGUAGGGUCUACUGUUUAGGAGCGUAGGGUCUACUGUUUAGGAGCGUAGAGUCUACUGUUUAGGAGCGUAGGGUCUACUGUUUAGGAGCGUAGGGUCUACUGUUUAGGAGCGUAGGGUCUACUGUUUAGGAGCGUAGAGUCUACUGUUUAGGAGCGUAGGGUCUACUGUUUAGGAGCGUAGGGUCUACUGUUUAGGAGCGUAGGAUCUACUGUUUAGGAGCGUAGAGUCUAAUGUUUAGGAGCGUAGGAUCAAAUGUUUAGGAGCGUAGGGUCUAAUGUUUAGGAGCGUAGAGUCUACUGUUUAGGAGCGUAGGGUCUAAUGUUUAGGAGCGUAGGAUCGAAUGUUUAGGAGCGUAGAGUCUAAUGUUUAGGAGCGCAGAGUCUACUGUUUAGGAGCGUAGGAUCGAAUGUUUAGGAGCGUAGGGUCUAAUGUUUAGGAGCGUAGAGUCUACUGUUUAGGAGCGUAGGGUCUAAUGUUUAGGAGCGUAGGAUCGAAUGUUUAGGAGCGUAGAGUCUAAUGUUUAGGAGCGCAGAGUCUACUGUUUAGGAGCGUAGGAUCGAAUGUUUAGGAGCGUAGGGUCUAAUGUUUAGGAGCGUAGAGUCUACUGUUUAGGAGCGUAGGGUCUCUUGUUUAGUAGCGUAGGGUCUAAUGUUUAGGAGCGUAGGAUCUAAUGUUUAGGAGCGUAGGGUCUAAUGUUUAGGAGCGUAGGGUCUCUUGUUUAGGAGCGUAGGGUCUAAUGUUUAGGAGCGUAGGGUCUAAUGUUUAGGAGCGUAGGGUCUAAUGUUUAGGAGCGUAGGGUCUAAUGUUUAGGCGCAGUAUUGGCCCUGGUCAAUUGUAGUGCACUAUCUAGGAAAUAGGGUGCCAUUUGGGAUGCAUCCUAUGUUCAUCAAAUGAAUGUGUUUAACACACUCAUCAAGGACAAGAGAGGCUGCAGUUGGUGUUUACAUGGACAUUUGGUACUAAUGGCUAAUAUUUAGGAUGGACUUUUGACUGCGGCACUGGCCUAUAUGAGACUGAUCUAUCCUGAAAAAAUAUAUAAAUGCAACAUGCAACAAUUUCAAUAAUUUUACUGAGUUACAGAAAUCAACCAAUUGAAAUUAAUUUCUUAUGUCCUAAUCUAUGGAUUUCACAUGACUGGGCAGGGGCACAGCCAUGGGUGGGCCUGGGAGGGCAUAGGCACACCCACUGGGGAGCCAGGCCCAGCCAAUCAGAAUGAGUUUUUCUCCACAAAAGGGCUUUAUUACUGAUAUAAAUAUUCCUCAGUCCCAUCAGCUGCCUGGGUGGCUGGUCUCAGAUGAAGAAGUUGGAUGUGGAGGUCUUGGGCUGGCGUGGUUACACGUGGUCUGCGUUUGUGAGGCCAGUUGGACGUACUGCCAAAUUCUCUAAA